UUAUUAUAUUCAUAAUCAUUUUUUGAGUGUGGACUUUUUCUUCCCUAAUUUUCAACCUCCCUUCUUUCAUAGUAUUAACCAAAAAUUUCAACCUAUUCUUGCUUCUUUAAGUUACCACUUUAUUACUAUUUUGUUUCAUUAAAUAAAAGGGUGUUCUUUUUUGAUAUUGGUCAUUGAUUUGGAAGAAAGAACUGAGCUACUACUCAAGUUUUCUUUUGUUCUUAUUAUUCUUUUUUGCUUAAAGAUUGAUUUUUUAAUAAAAAGAUUGAAUUUUUGAUAUGGGGGGUCUUUGUUCUAAGUCUACAAAAAGUGACAAGGUGUUUGCUAAAAAGAAAGAACAUUAUGGUGAUAAUCAUAAAUCUGGUGUUGGUGGUGGUAAUAAGAAUAAUCAUAAGCAUACUAGUGAUUUGACAAGUGCAAAGGAGGGAAUUGAUAAGAAAAAGGAGGAAGAAGCUGUUGCUGCUGCUAUUGCUUCUGGAACUAGUCAUGAUGAUUUCUAUGAUGGAAUUCCACGCUAUGCUGAUUCUUUUUCACAUAAGUCUAGGUCAGUAAGAUCAAGGCAAGCUGCUGUUGCUAAGGUCUCAGAGGUGAGUUCACGCCUAGGCAGAGCUGGCACUAAAGGAUUCGGGAAAGCGGUUGAUGUUCUGGACACACUUGGGAGUAGUAUGACAAAUUUAAAUUCUGGUGGCGGCUUUGCAUAUGGAGCUGUAACAAAGGGGAAUGAAGUUGGUAUUUUAGCAUUUGAGGUUGCAAACACUAUUGUCAAGGGUUUUACACUCAUGGAAUCUCUUUCGACAAAAAAUAUUAAACAUUUGAAAGAAGAAGUGCUUAAGUUAGAAGGUAUUCAAGAUUUAGUAUCAAAGGAUAUGGACGAACUUCUAAGGAUUGUUGCUGCAGACAAGAGGGAUGAAUUGAAAGUGUUUUCUGAUGAGGUGAUACGUUUUGGAAAUCGUUCAAAGGAUCCUCAGUGGCACAACUUGGAUCGAUACUUUGAGAAAAUUAGCAGAGAACUUAAUUCUCAAAGACAAACAAAGGAGGAGGCAGAAUUAUUAAUGCAGCAUUUGAUGAGUUUAGUUCAACAUACGGCGGAAUUAUACCACGAGUUACAUGCUUUGGAUAGAUUUGCUCAAGAUUAUCAGCAUAAGCGUGACGAGGAGGACAAUCCAAGUGCAGCUCAUAGCGGUGACAGCCUUUCAAUCUUGAAGGCAGAACUUAGAAGUCAAAAGAAGCACGUUAAGCAUUUGAAGAAGAAGUCGCUAUGGUCCAGAAGUUUGGAGGAGGUUAUGGAGAAGCUUGUAGACAUAGUUCACUUUUUGCAUUUGGAGAUAAAUAAAGCCUUUGGCAGUGACGAUGGACGUAAACCAUUUAUUCAAUCCAAAAGCAAUCGCCAAAGAUUGGGUCCUGCAGGCCUCUCUUUGCAUUAUGCAAAUAUAGUGCUCCAAAUGGAUACUCUAGUAGCUAGAUCCGGUUCUAUGCCUGCAAAUACAAGGGACACAUUAUAUCAGGGCUUACCUCCUAAUAUAAAAUUAACUUUGCGUUCCAAAUUACCUACGUUUCAUGUUGCAGAAGAGCUCACUGUAGCAAAUAUUAAACAGGAGAUGGAGAAAACUUUGCAUUGGUUGGUUCCGAUUGCUACAAACACAGCCAAAGCACAUCAUGGUUUUGGUUGGGUUGGGGAGUGGGCAAGCACUGGUUCUGAUCUAAAUAAGAAAACCGCGAAGAAUGAUGUAAUGCGAAUUGAAACAUUUCACCAUGCAGAUAAAGAAAAAGUAGAAAACUAUAUUCUUGAACUUCUCUUGUGGCUUCACCGAUUGGCAGUCAAAAGUAAAGCCGGGAGUGAUGUUGGAGAAUUAAAGUCUGCCAUCAAGUCUCCCGUUGGCACUGUCCUGCAAAAAACAAAUCAACAAUCUACAAAUGUCGUAUCGCCAUUGCUAACAACAGACGAGCAGAUCAUGCUGAAAGAUGUAAGUAACAAAAUUCCUGUUAGAGGGAUGAAUAAAAGUAAAAGCUUGGACUUUGACAGUGUGAAAACGGCGUUGACAGAUAACAGCAAACUGAUUAAAAGUAACAGUUACUCAACAAGUAGAAACAAGGAAUUGUCUUAUAACAGAAUUUGCUCUAAGGUUCCUGUGAUUGAUUUUGGUAUUGACAAAAAGAGAGCAUUGGAUGUGAUUGACAGAGUAAAUGUGGUCAGAUAAUAUGCGCAACUAUUCUUAAGAAUGUUCUUUCUCUGUGUAAAUAUACAACCAUAUUCAUACUGCAAGCGUUGGAUGUCAGAUUUUGGCAGAUCUUCUGGCAUCUCGGAUUCCUUAGCUUCAUUAGGAGCUUGGUUUUGGUGAAAUGUUGUAUCGUAUCAUAAUGUACAUAUCGUCUUUACCACGGAGGUUGUUGAGGCCAUAGGCUUUCUUGCCUGGAUCAAUGCGACUGCAGUGUCGACUUCUAUUGUAGCUGAGUGGAUUCAGUUUUUUGAUUCUUGGAGUGUAUAGACAAUGAGGAUUUGGUACCUAUCAUAGUAGUUCUGCAUUGCAUGUAUUAUAUAAUUAUUGGUUUGUUUCUCUUUGCCUAUACCUAUUGACAAUUCAAAGUCUUUGUAACUACAUUUUUUUUUGUUAUCCUGUGAUAGGUAGCAAGUAGUUCUUGUCAAUGGGAUAAUACAUAGAAAUACUGUGGAUAAAGAAAAUAGAUUGAUGAUGGCUUUGAUUUGAUGCUAUAUAGAUGUCAAUGAGAUAAUAUAUAAAAAUACUAGCAUUCUUUUAUGUUUUUAUAAA